AAAAGAAAAAUAGGAUGACAUGAGAAAAUUUCAAAAGAAAUUAUCGUAAAAAAAUUCGCUUCUCUUCUUCCCCAGGUCGGCAGUCCUCUCUUCUGUCCCUGCACCGCCGCGGCGGCGCCCAGUCGUCCACUCCCUCUCCUCUUCCGACGCUUCUCAACAAACACAGACAUUGACCGCUGCUUCAUCCUUCUCACUGCCGCCCACUACACCACCGUCGACAACCCUCGCCUGAGAAGAAACCAGAGAGAGUGAUGUGCGAUUUCGUGUGAAAAGACCAUAUUAAAGCUUUGGUGAGACUACUUAAUCUAACACUGAGUAAUUACGAUCCUUAAAUUUACAAACCCAAUGCACCACUUAGUAAAAAUUGGAUCUUUUUCAUGUUUUCAAACUUUCAAAAUCGUUCCUUUUGCAACUCAACAAAUGGGUAUUGCUUCAAUUGUUGAUACCCUUUAUACCCAUUUGCAUAAAAAUAAUGGAAUCACUAUUGAGAAUUUUUUGUCCAAGACUAAGCCAAAAUUGGAUUCUCAAUGCGUUAUUCAAGUUCUUACUAAGUUUUAUCCUACACAUUCUCAAUUGGGUGUUAGGUUUUUCAUUUGGGCUGGAUUUCAAACAGGUUAUAGGCAUAGUGGUUAUAUGUAUAGAAAAGCUUGUAACUUGCUUCAGAUUGAUAAGAAUCCUGAGAUUAUUUGUGAUUUGAUUAAGUCUUAUGAGGUUGAAGGGUGUGUUGUUAAUGUUAACAUGUUUAGGGAAGUUUUGAAGCUGUGUAAAGAGGCUCAGCUUGUUGAUUUGAGUUUGUGGGUGUUGAGGAAAAUGGAGGGUUUUAAUUUGCAACCGGAUACGGUGAUGUAUAAUGUUGUUAUAAAGUUGUUUUGUAAGAAGGGUGAUGUUGAAAUGGCGGAGAAGUUGGUGAAGGAGAUGAGUUUGAAUGGUCUUUGUCCUGAUUUGAUUACGUACAUGACUAUGAUUGAAGGGUUAUGUAAUGUGGGUCGAUUGGAGGAUGCUUAUUCGAUGCUCAAGGUUAUGAAAGGUCAUGGUUGUUCGCCUAAUUCGGUUGUUUUUUCGUCUAUUUUGGAUGGGUUGUGUAGGUGUGGAUCAAUGGAAAGGGCAUUAGAAUUGUUGGAUGAAAUGGAGAAAGACGGAGAUUGUUGUCCUAAUGUUGUUACAUAUACAUCUUUGAUUCAAGGUUUCUGUAAGAGAGGCGAGUGGGCGGAAGCAAUGAAUAUUUUGGAUAGAAUGAGAGCUUUUGGGUGCUUUGCUAAUCAUGUUACUGUUUUUACUUUGAUUGAGAGUUUUUGUAGUGAAGGUCGUGUAGAAGAAGCUUACAAGUUGGUUGAUAAAUUUGUGAUGGAACAUUGUGUCUCGCGUGGUGAUUGCUAUAGUUCACUAGUGAUUUCUUUGAUAAGGAUAAAGAAACUUGAGGAAGCACAGAAGCUCUUCAAGGAAAUGCUUACUGCUGAGAUCAAACCCGAUACUUUGGCGUCUAGCCUUUUGCUAAAGGAGUUCUGUUUGAAGGAUAGGAUACUGGAUGGAUUCUACUUGCUUAAUACAAUUGAGAAUAUGGGAUUCUUGUCUUCCAUUGACACUGAUAUUUAUUCUAUUAUUUUAAUUGGUCUUUGUCGAGAAAACCACUUGACGGAGGCCACAAAGCUUGCAAAAAUAAUGCUUAAGAAAUCUGUUCCUCUACGGCCUCCAUACAAAGAAAGUGCAAUUGAUAUCCUAAGAAAAUAUGGAGAAAAAGAUCUUGUGAACCAGUUAGCUGCUAUACAUAAGGAACUUCGAUGAUAGUGUUAUGAAAGACAUCAAAUUCAUUAUUUAUCAGCUGGAACUGGCUGAGAUAGGGGUGCGACUCUAAUCCGUGUGGUGGUUGGCCUCUUGAUGGCUUUCCGGUCCCGGUUUGAAGAUGAUUGAAAAGUUUUGCUGUAUGGUGCCUAUCGUUAAAUUAGUGGAGUUGCAAUACACAGACAAACCUAACGGUUAGUAAUAAUUGUCCACCGUGGACCACAUUAUGGUGGUCUAUGGUAGAAGCUGCGGUAAUGCUGUAAUUUAUUUUCUCGCCAAAGAUUGUAAUCUGAUAGAGUAUCUCACUCGUGUACACUUGGAUAUUCUAGAUUUUAUGUAGUUUUGUUAGUCUAUCUAACAUACUUUAGUUACAUCGUCAUCUCUGUUAGAUGAUAUGAUUCUGUUUGAGUAUCUAUUUUUUUUAGUCUGAAGGACAAGAUUGUGUUUCUUGUAUGAA